AUGAAAUCUUUCGAGAAUUAUAGAGUCCUCUUCAAGGACAAGAAAGUUCAUUGUGAGAGUGUGGAAAAUUAAUAUAAACUUAAUUGUUACAAACGAUACGGUAGAAUGUGACACGAAAAAGUAUUGGACGUCUGGUCUAUCCUAGUUAGUCAGUGGUAUUAAUCGUAGAAUGCACUCGACGAUAUUACAUUACGGUUCAUCGAUAUCGUUCUGUUGCAGUUCAUCGAUUUAAACACGCCGAAACACGAAACUCGCGCAGCUGACCUACGAAUUAGCGCGACACGCGCGUGACCGCAAUCUGCAUAUCAAACUGUAUUCAUUUUUUUUUUUUUUAUCGAUUUUAUCGAGAGAUGCAUUUACCCCCAUCGAGUAAUUGCAAAAAUUGCCACGUCUAACCAACCUGGCCUAGUUAUUCCUCUUCGAUUGACCAAGUUCACAGCUCGCGUUUGAAAUUAGAUGAUACUCGGUCGGUGUUUGUUCGAAUGAUUUCUUCCGAAGAAGAUCGCUUUCCCAGCGAGAUUCGUUGGUAUGGAAAGUUGACGUGACGUUUUUCGUUACAGGUUUCUUGGGUGAGGCAUCGGGAUAUACACCUGCUGACGGUCGGUCGUUACACAUACACGAGCGAUCAACGUUUCGAGGCGUUGCAUCUCCCUCACGCCGAAGAAUGGACGUUGAGGAUACGAUAUCCACAGCGGAAGGACUCCGGGAUUUACGAGUGCCAAAUAUCAACGACACCGCCUAUCGGUCAUCCCGUUUAUCUAACGAUAGUCGUUUCGAGAAUUCAGAAACGAGAAUUUAGAGCAGAAAAAAUUGUAGAAUAUAAAUUACAGCAGGGAUUCGUCCCGAUCGGAUCGGGAUCGUUAUUCACUUUGAAGGUGGACGGGUGCCUUAGGGGCAUCACAAAUACAAAAGCAUCGCCGUUACUCGCGUUCGCGUUUAACGCCAAUAUCUCGCCGAUUUAA